CCCAAGUACCGGCGAGCGUCGCUUCUCACUGGGGCUUUCCACGGUUACCGACGGCGAGCAUGAACUCCGGCGGAAAAAGCACUAGAUAUUUCUCCGCGCAUCACCAGAACAACGCCACCUGCACCCGUACACACCAGAUCAUUGCCCUCGCGUUAAUCGUCGUCACUUUCUUUCUCACCAGAUUAUUUGAUCACUCCGUCAGCCCGUGCUCUUCAUCCUACCGCAAUUCUUUCUCCGAUUCGGAGCAAUUCAAUGGAGCCGGUGGCAUUGUUCGUUUUGGGGGCUCCGGCGGGUAUGGAACCGAGCUGAGCUUGAAGAUCUACGUAUAUGAUAAGGAUGAGAUUCCGGAUUUGAAGCUGCUGAUGUACGGACGUGAGGGGAAGAUCACUGCAGAGGCUUGCGUGAAAGGCCAGUGGGGAACUCAGGUUAAAAUUCAUCAGUUGCUCUUACAAUCAACAUUUCGAACUCAAAAGAAAGAAGAAGCAGACCUUUUUUUUGUGCCAUCUUAUGUCAAAUGUGUGCGAAUGAUGGGUGGAUUGAAUGAUAAAGAAAUCAACCAAACUUAUGUCAAGGUUCUGAGUCAAAUGCCAUAUUUUCGAUUAUCUGGUGGCCGAAACCAUAUUUUUGUCUUUCCAAGUGGUGCUGGAGCACAUUUGUUCAAGUCAUGGGCAACAUUUAUAAAUCGUUCUAUAAUACUGACUCCUGAGGGGGACCGGACGGAUAAACGAGACACCAGUGCCUUUAAUACAUGGAAAGACAUCAUCAUACCCGGCCAUGUUGAUGAUGGGAUGACCAUGCACAAGCCUAGCUUUGUUGAUCCUUUGCCUUUAUCAAGGAGGAAACAUUUGGCUAAUUAUCUGGGUCGAGCGCAAGGAAAAGCUGGCCGGCUGCAACUGAUAGAUCUCGCCAAAAAAUUCCCGGAUAAGUUGGAAUGUCCAGAGUUGAAAUUCAGUGGCUCUGAGAAACUUGGGAGGAAAGAAUAUUUUCAGCAUCUUCGCAAUGCUAAAUUCUGCCUGGCACCACGCGGGGAGUCCUCAUGGACACUUCGCUUUUAUGAAGCAUUCUUUGUGGAAUGUGUUCCGGUUGUUUUGUCGGAUCAAGUGGAGUUGCCAUUUCAGGAUGUUGUCGACUACACCCAAGUUUCAAUCAAAUGGCCAUCCUCUCGGAUAGGCACACAACUUCUAGAUUACUUAGAAUCCAUUCCAGAUAAAUCCAUAGAGGAGAUGAUCGCCAAGGGUAGGCAAGUGAGGUGCUUGUGGGUGUACUCUCCCGAGUCUGAACCCUGCUCUGCUUUCCGAGGAAUUUUGUGGGAACUUCAGAAGAAAGUGAGGCGAUUCCAUCAAUCAGCGGAGACAUUCUGGCUGCAUAAUGGAUCAAUUGUGAACCGUGAUUUGAUAGAGUUCAGCAAAUGGAAACCACCCAUGCCUCUACCUUAGCAUCGCCUGGCCACAUUACCUCCGGUUCGUGUUUCCUCUUCUUUACACAUUACUAACAUUCGUUUUCCAUUUUGCAAUUUUCGAGUUCUCAUUGAGCUUUAUGUCAUACUUAUUUUAUUGAAAAAAAAAAAUGAUAGAGAAGUGAAAUGACCUCUAAAACUGUAUGCUUUUGUAUAUAUAGUAAAUCAAAAUGUUCAAUUCCUCUUCUGCUUUUUUUAUCAAAUUCUGCUUCAUAUAUAAUGUGUAUAUGUAAAUGGUGAUGCUAUUAUUUGUCGUCUCAUAUUUCUUACUUCUUUCUUACACUCAACUCCAAUUAAACAAAUAAGAUUAUGGGAUCUAUCUUACACUAGUGUAAAAUAUUGUUCUUGCUUCAUGUUUCUUAUAUUCAUCAUUAAAUAACAACAAAAGGCAUCAGGCUAACCUUGUCUGCACUCCUUAUCGUGACUGCAUUAAAGCCGCGUUUGGUUCUUUUUCAACUUUACUGCGCAUGAUUAAUAACUAACAUGUUUUGAUGCCAAACAGCCCCUUAACACUGAUCUUUAAUCCAAUGAAGGAGCACGCACCUACACAUAGAAGCAUGACAAUGAAACUGCAUUGUCAUUUUCAAUCAACAAGAAAAAAAAAAAAAAAAGAAAAGAAAGAA